GCUGUAAUUGUUUGCUGUUUAAACGGCUGAACACGUGCUUUGUAUCAGGAGCCAGACUUGGCAUUUACUGCAUGUAUUUUUGUCAUUUCGAGAAAUUUCUUAUUUCCGACCGCGUACAUUAUUAUAUUGAGUGGGUGGUCAGUGUGGUCAGUUGCCGUUUCUUAUUCCGAAGUAAGUCUGUAAGUUUUUUUAAGUGUACACGAUGGCCAAGUGGGGACAAGGUGACCCUCGGUGGAUUGUUGAAGAGAGAUCGGACGCUACAAAUGUUAACAACUGGCAUUGGACGGAGCGAGAUGCAUCCUGUUCAUCGAAAGAGCACCUGAAAGAAUUAUUGGUUGGUCUGAAAAUCCAAGACGAUAAAGGUGAAUGCGAGGUUAUUGAGAUGACAAGUAUUGAGGGUGAAGCAUCAGCCAGCAACAGGAAAGCCAAACUCAUCUUCUUCUAUGAAUGGAACAUCAAACUAGAAUGGCAAGGUAACCUCAAAGACUGCAGUACCAAACUAAAGGGACAUGUAGAAAUCCCCAACCUCAGCGACGAGAAUGAUUUGGAUCAAAUAGACAUUACCAUUACGACCAAGAAAAAUACAGAGGAGUCCAGAAUAUUGAAGGAAAUAAUGCGCAGCAAAGGCACCACCGUCAUCCGAGAACAGCUCGGCAAAUAUAUCACCUUUCUCAAAGAGGAUAUGAGUAAAGGAAUGAUACUGCCGUCAGUAGACACACAGAAAGAACCACAACCGGCCGUGUCUAAGCCAACACCUCCAAAGGCUUCCCCGUCUACCAUCCAGCAACAACACCAGGUCAACCAAGAAAACAUGAAGAACACGCAGAUUGGAGACAAGAUAGACACGCAGAAUCUGACGGCAACCGAGGAAUUCAAGUGCGCGGCUGAGGAGUUGUAUCUGGCACUCACAGACCCCCAGAGAGUUUCGGCAUUCACCCAAUCCCAAGCAGUUAUGGAAGUGGAAAACGGCGGCAAGUUCAGCCUGUUUGGUGGCAACGUGACUGGAGAGUUUAUAUCAUUGGAUCGUGCUUCUCAUAAAAUUGUACAGCGUUGGAGAUUCAAAACCUGGCCAGAAGCCCACUUCUCAACGGUCACCAUCAAGUUGACCCAGAAGAGCGAUUGCACCAAACUGACCCUGAACCAGACGGGCAUCCCCGUAGCUGACUAUGACAGGACGAAAGCCGGCUGGAAAAACUACUACUGGCAGGCCAUCAUGGCCACGUUUGGCUAUUGGGCUCAUCUCUUUUGAUGUUCGUUACAACCGGGAUCUGGGCCCAAUUUCGCGGCGCUGCUAAGCACAAAAAUGUGCUUUGCACAAAAAAAAAAGUCUGGCUUAUAAAAGCAGGUUACCAG